UAAAAACAUACCCACUUCAUUUAAUCCCCGGCCAUCACAAUUAACUUUAUUAUUGUUAUUGUCAAUUUGGUCAUUCGUUCGUACGUAUAAUGGCGGCUGAAAACAAGAAAAACAAAGCAUCUUUAUUAGGCAAGCUAAGAACAGCCGUGAAGAAGGUCACAUUCCUUUUAAACUAUAGCAUAAACCGAUGGGCACUCGCCUCUACGAUAAUUCGUCGUCGUGCUUUAAGUAGUCGACGUUUUAGCUUCAAUGAACGCCUUGGGUUGACAUCAAUUAUUUCUUCACCUUCUGAAAACGAAGAUCAUAGCAAUUGGGGUUCUCCUUAUAUGACACCUUAUAAUGAGAUUUUUUCACCUGAUCAACAAGGAGAGUUACAAAAGACUAGAAGUUUUCCGUUGCAAAGAACUACAAGUUUCCCUGAAGAAGAGGAUAUUGAUAAAAGAGCUGAAUUGUUUAUAUCGAAUUUUUAUAGACAACUAAAGAUGGAAAGACAAGUUUCUUUGCAACUACGGUAUACAAGGGAUACUAGCUUUGGAUCAUCUAAUAUUAUUUCACCAUGAUAAUGGUCAGAAUGGUGUUCAUGACUUCAUGUUCAUAAUGUGUCAUGUCUUUAUUGAGAAGUAGAUGAUAAUUUGUGAUUUUACGUCGUUCUCGAGCUGAGCAAUUAUUUUGGUGAUGAGGAUGACUAUUUUCAUGGAUCAGAUCGAUGAAUCGGGUUUUAUAAAAGAGUCAAUGGUUUGAUCAUGUAUGUAUAUGUAU